GUUAAUGGACACCCUGAGCCAAAAUGGCGACCGGAGAGAGCCAGUUUCCUCUCUCGUUCGUACCAAGGGGUUGGUCUAGAAACUGCAUCACAGCUGAUCGGGAGGUUUCCCCCCCCCCUCAAGUUGUUUUUUUGCAGAGAGCAGCUUUGCAGACAAUCACAGAGGCACCUCUCUUGUUUUCUUUCGCUCCUUCUUGUUGUUGUUUUUGUACUUAGCGCCCUUUAAAUGUCGAAUCCUUUAGUUAUUCACUAGCCUAUUCCAAUCCGAAGCCCCGUUCUCAGGUUAAUGAUGUCGCUUCUUUUUAAAAGAAACUGUUUUUAUCUCAUUUUUGCGCUCGAAUAUCGUCGCCCUUUUGCCAUCCACGGUGAAUGUAACCCCGAUCCGACCCACUUUUAGCCCCCUUUUUUUUUUCGCAUCUCGGGUCGCAUGAGCGGAGAUGUUUUCGCCAGGAGAGGAGGUCGAUUCCGAUUUGUUUACCUCGCUGACGGAGUCACCCGGAGAUGCGAUCUCCCCAACGCUGGAGCUCAGUUUGACCGCCGUCUACACCGUCCUCUACUCUUUCCUCUUUGUUUUCGUCUACCUGCAGCUCUGGCUCAUCCUGCAUUACGGCCACAAGCGCUUCAGCUACCAGAGCGUGUUUUUGUUCCUGUGCCUGCUGUGGGCAGCGCUGCGGACGACCCUCUUCUCUUUCUACUUUAAAAAUGUGGUGCAGGCCAACCAGCUGCAGCCUCUGGCCUACUGGCUGCUCUACUGCUGCCCCGUCUGCCUGCAGUUCUUCACACUCUGUCUGCUCAACCUCUACUUCACACAGGUGAUGUUUAAAGCUAAAGCCAAGUAUUCACCUGAGCUCACCAAAUACAAGGUUCCUCUGCGUUUGUUCUUCCUGUGUCUCAGUAUAUUUUUCCUGGUGGUGAAUCUAACGUGCGCGUUGCUAGUUCAAGGAGCUCUGAUGCGCUCUGAACCACCAAGUGACGGGAGGAUCAGACAUGCCGUCCUGGCUCGGGUCCUGAUCAACGACAGUCUCUUUGUCCUGUGUGCCAUAUCUCUUGCUGUGUGCAUCUUCAAGAUCGCCAAGAUGUCUUCUGCCAACGUUUACCUCGAGUCUAAGGGAACAUCAGUGUGCCAAGCGACUGCCGUAGGGGCUGUGGUGAUUCUCCUCUACACUUCCAGGGCCUGUUACAACCUAGUGGUGGUGACCCUGUCGCCACAGGACAGACCCAACCCCUUUAGUUAUGGCUGGUACAGCGUCUCGGAUCAGGCCGACAUACAGAAGAUCAGCGGUGAAGCCUACAUUGUGUUUGGGAUUAUUUUGUUCUUCUGGGAGCUGCUGCCCACCAGCUUAGUGGUGGUUUUCUUUAGAGUCCAAAGACCCCACCAAAACCUGGCCCCGGGUGGCAUGAUCAACAGCCACAGUUUCAGCUCCAGAGCGUAUUUCUUUGACAACCCCCGACGGUACGAUAGUGAUGAUGACCUGUCCAGGAGCAUCAAUAGCAGAUCUGAUCGGGCGAGUCUCCUAUCCACCACGCCUCAGUUGGCAACAUCCAGCUGGUACGGCUCCAUCCAGCGCAACGGGAGUUUAGCACCAGGGGUGGCCUCCGCACAGCAGCCACCACCUUCCACGGCGCCGCUCCUGUUUGCCCAAGAAAACAUUCAGAGUCAUCAUCAUCACCAUCACAAUUACUACUCGACCCCACAGAACAACAACUACCAGCAUCAUCAACACAGUAACUAUUAUUCCACGCCGCAGAAUUAUUACUGCGGAUCGCAGACGUAUUUCUGCACCCCACAAAAUUGAACAGGAACCAUUGUAGACUUUGGACGAGACAGAUUACAAAUGAUUUCCUUCUUUUGUCCCACUUUCCUUAUCCUGCUGCAUCAAACUUAGUAUUUUUCAAUUAAAAGUCCUGCCCACACAACUGCUUCAACAGCUGUGUAAAAAUGUGGCGACAUAUUAAGCAGGAAAGUCGGAACAACAAGACCACCAGCUUUUUUGAGAACAUCAGCACAGAUGAGUAGCAUUUACCAACCCCAAAUGGAUGGAAAGCAUGAAAACUGAAAACAUUUCUCUCAAAAUCUUUGGUAAGGGUAAAAUCGAGACUGGAAUUAUUAGUGACCAGGAAAUCAUUCCACUUUUAACUUUCAAUGGUUUGGAAACAUGAAAGCUGCGUAGCAGCCACUUGUUUGAGACUCAUUUGCUAUUCCUAAAGCUGUCAGUCAACAGUUCAGGCCAGAGCGACACUGUUCUCAAACAAAAUGUUUUAGUCCUGUUUGAGCUUUUUUAACUCAAACCAAUAUGAAACUAAAAUCAAAAUCUCAAAAUCAAGUAUAAUAUUGUAAUGUUGAACCCAAUGUAUUGCUUUUAUUAAACUGUGAUUGAGUUCUGUUGCUACACAGAAAAAAUGGGGAAAGUUUUUGUUAGGAAUUAGCUCAUGCUAACUUGCUGAUAGCUGCUGAAGCAGGGAGUUAGCAUUGCUACCAGUUAGCCAAAUUAAAAAAAAUUGAAAACAAAAGAAAUUACUGACCUUGUGUCACUAAAGUCAGUUCAUUUCUUUUCUCAAACUGAGACUGAACUCUGGUGACACAAAGUAAAAAUUGUUAAAAGCAUUGUUAGGGAUUAGACAAGUUCACAGCGAGAAAAUUUGAAAAAAUGUCAUAAGCUAUUAGCCAGUGCUAAUUUGCAAUUGACUGCUAAAGUCAGGAGUGUUAGCACGGUUAGCAGUUAGCCAUUACAAAAAAAAACUAUGAAAAUCUAAAAUGGACAAAAAGUUAACAUUGUAUCGCUGAAGCCAAUUUAUUAUUCUCAUCAAACUAGGAUGAAGUUCUGAUCUAAUACAAGCGCUAAUUUGCCGGUGUUAAAAGAAAAAAAAAGUUUAAAAAAGAGAUUUGUAGAAUUGUGUUGUUGCAUGCAUAUUACUGUUAUCAACUUGACCUGAAUUAUUUUACAACACAAAAACCAAAGUGUAAAUAAAAAAAAGUAAGGAACUAGCCAGAGCCAGCUGGCUUGAUAACGGCUGUUGAAGCUGGGAUUAUUAGCCCUGUUAAAUUAGCGAAAAGGGAAAAAAUAUUAAUUUAAAACUAAAACAAUUGGUAAUACUGUGUCAUUGAAGUCAAUGCAAUCAUUGUAAUCAAAUUUGAAGAGAAUUCUGUUGCAACACACAAAGUGUUAAAAAAAAUAUGAAAAAAUGAGCAAGCACAUUACAGAGGCUAAAUCAGACCCUCCGCAGAAUUGCUCUGUGUGACAUAUAAGCUCUCCUGUUAUCAAUGUGUACUUCUUAAAGCCCAUAGAUCUGUGUAACAUUUAUAUCUAGCUAGCUGCCAGGUGUGAUUUGGUGUUUGCUCUCAUAGCCUGGUUUCCUCUGUUGACUGACUAAACCAUAUCUUCAGUUUUCUUGGUCAAUUAUAACCAGGAUUCCUUAAUCAUAAUUACACAGUAUAUGAAGACUGGAGUUUGCAAAUCAUUUCAAGUUGGUGAAUGUUUGGGUUUAAACAUACAGCUUUGUCUGUUUUCAGAAAACAUACCCGCAUUCAGCUACAAAGUAUGAGACGGAGGGAUCCUUGAAGCUUAUUUGUGACCAAAAGAACCUUUGUAAUCAGAUUUUUGUGAGCUGUGAGGCAGAAAUUUGCACUUAGUGGAAGAUCACCUUCAGAGAAAAAGGCUUUUGAGCCUGGAAUGUAGGUUUUUCUUCUCAUAUCUUUAUAUUUUCAUCUGUAAUUGUAUGUACUCUGUUUUAUUUAUCCUACGAGGAAGGAAAUGUCAAUGUGCCAUCACAUUUUGUCAUAUAAAAAAAGUUGCAUUCCUUAAAGAAAAUAUUUUUGCACAAAAAUUAGUCAAAUAAUGUAUGCUUUGUCUGUUUCCAUGCAAAUCAGUUUUAUAUGCGUGUUGCGAUAUUUUUAUUGUAAGUGGUGUGUGUGUGUAUUUUCAACAUUAGUCUACAAGGUUUAGUCAGCUUUUAUACAUCACUUUUAUUUUAAUCAGAUUUUUUUUUUCUAACUGAUUUUUGUAGUUUUAUGCGUUUCCUGCUUCCUUCCUACGUUUUUGUUGUUUUUACUUCACAAGUUUUCUGAAUCUUAUGACAGCUUGUACUUUUUUUUUUGUUUUGUCGUGUUGUUUACGGCCCACUUCUUGAACCAAAAUCACUUCAUCUGUGUUUAAUUGCCAAGAAAGGCUCACUGAUAUCACGCAAACUUAAGGUCUGAUCUGCGAAAGUUUCCGUUGUUUAUGCUGCUGUUUGUGCUUCGAGAUCUCAUCGCUCGCGUCGGCGAGUUAUGUCGGACUCUUAAAAUCCAGUGAAAGAGCUGAAGUUGUCGUCGUUGGAUCCAGCUUUUCAACAACAGCGCAAAAAUGCAUGUUCCCGCGUCUGUGCGCAGAAUCUGUCACAAUUUCUCUAUCAAAUCUGGUAUUAUUUGUGUGAAAGUGUUUUUUUUUUUUUUUUUAUCGUCUGCUAUACAGGAAAUGCAGUGAUAAUUUCCCUAUCAAUUGUUCUAUGGAACUGAUGGUUAUAUCCGUGGCCAUAAUGAAUGUAACCUGUGCUACAGAUCACUAAUGAUGUAUGCAAGAAAAGCACUACCAUGUUUUAAACCAUGUUUUAAUAAAGAUCUACUGCACUG